AUGGACCAAACAAUGAAUUCGACGCUACUGUCGGCUCCCCCGGAGACUUACUGGGGCCAGUUUGAAGAGAUAUCUAAAUACAAUACCCAUUUAAAUGUCCUCGAGAGGCUUUGGACAGCAUGGUAUGCAUGGAUGCAAAACGAUGUCCUGGCGACUGGCAUCAUGUCUUUUGUUAUGCACGAGAUAGUUUAUUUUGGGCGCUCCCUGCCCUGGAUCUUCAUAGACAGUUUGGGCCUACUCAAGGGUUAUAAAAUCCAGAGUAAUAAAAUUCCUUCAUUGCGCGAGCAAUGGGAUUGCGCGAAAUUUGUACUACUGAGCCAUUUUACAGUUGAACUACCUCAGAUCUGGCUAUUCCAUCCCAUGGCUCAAUUCUUUGGCCUUUCGACGUCGGUUCCUUUCCCCACUUUUUGGACAAUGGCCUACCAAAUUGCAAUAUUCUUCGUGCUUGAGGAUACAUGGCACUACUUCUCGCACCGAGCACUUCAUUGGGGUCCCCUCUACAAGGCUAUUCACAAAAUUCACCAUCAGUAUUCAGCCCCCUUUGGCAUGGCAGCUGAAUAUGCUUCUCCGAUCGAGGUCAUGAUUCUCGGUUUCGGUACUGUUGGCUGUCCGAUCCUCUGGUGCGCAGUAACCGGCGAUCUGCACAUUUUCACCAUGUACGUUUGGAUUGUACUACGGCUGUUCCAAGCUAUCGAUGCACACAGCGGUUAUGAGUUUCCUUGGAGUCUCCAUCAUUUCCUUCCAUUCUGGGCGGGCGCUGACCACCAUGAUCUCCACCACGAGAAAUUUGUCGGUAACUACUCUAGCAGCUUCAGGUGGUGGGAUUACCUUCUAGAUACCGAGUACAGCCCAGAGGCAAUCAAACGACGGAGGGAGAACAAGGCUGGAGGAGACGCUCGGAAAGACCAGUGA